AUGGCAACUUCCAUGGACAAGGCAUGACCAGUGAGUUUUGUGUUUUGUUUUACCACCAGCCUUUACAGUUGGCAAAAUGAGCAUCGGAACAAAGUUAUUCAUGCUUUUACUUUGGAUAGGGGCUUUGUUUGGUAUUGGCAUUACAAUAUUCAGUCGCGGCUUUUUGUUAAACAGACUGGAAAUUCCAGAGAAAAGUUUGUGUGUCGGCGAUGAAGAUGCAGGGCAGGCGCAAGAGGGCGCUCGACAGUUGUGCGGAGAACACAGGAGGUAUUCCAAGGCGAUUGUUAUUGUCAUUGAUGCACUUCGCUAUGAUUUCACACUUUACAACGAAUCCCUGGAUGAUAAAUCAGCCCUGCCUUUCCAAAAUAAACUUCCAUUUAUACACAAACUGCGCACAGAGAAACCGCAACAGUCGCUGCUCUACAAAUUCUUGGCAGACCCGCCCACAACAACAAUGCAGCGAUUGAAAGGUCUUACAACAGGGAGUUUGCCGACAUUCGUGGAUGCAGGCAGCAACUUUGCCAGCACCAAAAUCACUGAAGACAGUUUCAUCCACCAGUUGCGCCAUCUGGGCAAGCGUAUUACGUUUAUGGGGGAUGACACUUGGGAAUCGCUCUUUGAAGGAUACUUCGUUCGCUCCUACCCCUUUCCGUCAUUCAAUGUGAAGGAUCUCCACACUGUAGAUAAUGGUGUGAUCAACCACCUUGUGCCAGAGAUGGCCGAACAGGACUGGGAUGUUAUCAUUGCCCAUUUCUUAGGAGUUGAUCACUGUGGUCAUCGCUUUGGACCUUUUCACUCAGCCAUGGGAGAAAAACUUCUGCAAAUGGACCAAGUUCUUAGAUCAGUGGUGGAGAGGCUGGACGAUGACACAGUACUAUUUGUGUUGGGAGAUCAUGGAAUGACACGUACUGGUGAUCAUGGUGGGGACAGUAAGGAUGAGAUAGCUGCCGCACUUUUUAUCUACAGUAAUGCUAUCCUGCAUCAGGAGACUAUUGAUAUGAAAGCUGUCCGAAUUGCUUCCCAGAUUGACCUGGUGCCUACCUUGAGCCUCCUACUUGGUGUUCCAAUUCCAUUCUCCAAUCUUGGCAGCAUCAUACCCGAACUCUUUGGCCUGGUUCCUCUCUCAAACCAACCCAAGCUAACCGGUAUGAACAACUGGCCUCCGCAUUUGCAGUCACUGUAUAAUAAAGUUGGUGCUUUAUGGACAAAUGCUCAUCAGGUCAAUCGUUACCUUCAAGCUUACUCAAAAGUCUCGGAUGAGUUUCCAAGGGGUCAGUUCAACCUGCUUCAGAAUUUCUUUCAAGAAGCAGAAAUUGCUGUACAAGAGCUGUUGCAAAGUUCUGCCUUCGAUGAAAGCCGCACCCUUGCAUUGUUGCAGAAGAGUGAGCAGGUGUAUUUGGAUUAUCUGAACCAAGUGAAGGAAAUGUGUCGCAGUAUGUGGGCACGGUUUGACCUAACCUUAAUCAUCCUAGGCUUAGCUGUAGUCAUUGGAACGUGCCUGAUCAGUUAUGUGCUUCUGAUGCACAACUAUAACUUUGGCAAUAGGGCUCAGCUUGACUCGGCCCUGGGCACUCUGCUGAAAAUAAUUGCAGUGAGUAUAGUGGCUUGUGUAUUGAUUGGAGUGACGAUGAGUUUAACCAUUCCUAGUCUGCAUGUGUAUUCAGCUGUUUUGGUACUGACUGUACCGGCGGUGGGCUCCCUUCUGAAUGCAGUUGUAUGGAUUGCAUUUGUGUCUGCAGAGAUGAAGGUCUCCUACUUCUUAAGAUUCUGGACUUACCCUCUGAAAACUGUGAUGGCGGUGAUCUUAACCUUUGCAUAUGCAGCCUGCUUAACGUCCAACAGUUUUGUCAUCAACGAGGGCUAUGUGGCAGCUUUUCUAGUGCACAGUCUUCAUUUGGCCUGCGUGUGCUCCGUGGGUUCAGUCUUUGUCCAGAGUAAAAACAGCAAAGAGACCACAAGGAAGAAAACCAAGACUGAGAAGUCGCGAGACAUUGGGCAUUUUCUCACACAUCCGGUAACAGUCUAUAUCUUGCUAGCCGUCGCGUUUCACCUUUGCAUCCGAUUCAGCAGCCUAUUCCUGGCUUGCCGGGAGGAACAGAACCCUUGUCGGGAGUCUGAACUCCUCAGAUCCUUGGGGGCAUUCUCUGAUGACACAGGAAGCUACAGGAACUACCGAUAUUUUAUGUCGGUUGCUUCUUUAGCUGUCAUCCCGGCCUCCUUAACCUUUUGGCUGAAUAAACAAGGGAACUUGAACGGAGGAGCUGCCCCAAUGCUGAGCGUUGCCUAUGCCCUGCCAAUUGCUACAGUGUGUAUUUGCCUGAAUUGGGGUCUCCAGGCUCUACCUCAGAAGAUGUUGGACAAUCUUCCGGCCUGGCAGCAGGUUCUUUUACCGAGAACGGCCUACAUCAUGCUGUUUGUAGCAUUCAUCUCUGUCCUGUGGAAUCCACUGUGCAUCUUCUUGAUCCCGCGAGAGGACCCCAAAAAGAAGACGCUCCAAGUGGAGUACCCUGGAGAGGUGGAAUCUGUUGUGCCCAAGAUCUUCAACCACCUGAAGACGACAUGGAAGCGAAGCAGCCGGCAAGGCAAGCAACCCUCCGAUGAAGACCAAGAUGAGCACAGGGAAGCCUCCCCACCUGUGGUGUACGGUCUCGCCACGGUAUUCUCAGCUUGUUGGCUGCUGGUAAGCGCUACUGUUGCUCUUCUUGUAGCUCUGCUUCUUGGUGAUGGCCUGGCACCUGUUGUGCUAACAAUGCUUCUACAAAUGGUGGUUUAUCUGGAGCUGUACGCCGUCAUUCGAAGGCAGCAACUGGCUCCAUUGGAAGCUUUACCAGACCUCCACCACAUUGCUACUUACCAGGUUCCUUGGUAUGCUAUUGCUGCCUGGGGCUUCAUGUCCAGUCAGUUUUUCUUCGCCACGGGCCAUCACGCCACCAUCUCAUCAAUUCGAUUCGAUUCGGCAUUCAUUGGUUUCCAUGGUGACUUCCCUUCAUAUCUGUACUUCAUCCCCGGUGCCCUAAUCACCAUCAACACAUUCGCGUCUCAGAUCGUCUUUGCCGUGGCAUUGCCUCUUCUGCUGAUCUGGCCCUUCACCCGAGGGAAGAUGUUUGAUCGUAAGAAAGAUGAAGACCGGAAAGGCGAAUUGGGUCUGCACGUCAGUAACCGAGAGCUACGCGUUGCAUUUUUUCAAAUCAUCCUUGCUUAUCUAUUAUACAAUGGUAUUCAGUUGGUUGGAGCCAUGGUAUCUGCUGCCAUUCACCGUCGCCAUCUCAUGGUCUGGAAGAUCUUCGCUCCUCGGUUUGUCUUCCAGGGCGUGUCCUUCCUGGUUGUCAUGGUGAUCCUGAUCCUCUUGUACCUCCUCCUCGUUAAAAUUGACCGGGCCAUUUCCCACUGGCUUCAGGUUUUAUUCCAGGAUGCUAGCUGAGUCCGUCGGUGGGGUGUGGCGACGGGGAGGAAGUGGGCUGGGGCAGGUGUUUAGACAGGAGUGCUGGACUGCUCAGCUGUAUAUAUAUCAGAGAUGUGGGUCAGUUGGCAUGUCAUCGGGUGUGUCACCCUGCCAUCAGUCAGCUGUGUAUGCUCAGACUGGUUGAUGUCUUUGCAAGACAAGUGUACAUAAACAUAACCCGAGCAAGUUUGAUCAAGACUUGCUGCUAACCACGGUUGAUUGGCUCUGAUGGCUCUCCUGCUGACUGAGAGAGGGCUGGUUUUUAUAGCUGACUAGCCUUACAAGGUUGGUCAUCUCGUUGGUUAUAAAUAGCCACACAGGUCAGUGUACUGUGGAAAGUUGCAUAUAUUGAUACAAUUAUGCAGGUUAAAGGUAUGAUUAUAGAUCAUCCACUUGGUAAGGGAUAGUUCUUGGGUGUUCAUGACCUUUAGCACCCUGUUUCUUGUAGGCUGAAUAGGCAACAAAUCUUGACUGAGCGGUUGUCUUGCCAAACUCAGGUUCGAAAUUUGUGGUUUUCUGGCUGAACUGAGUAGAAUGUAUUGUCAAAAUGUACCUAAACUAGGCCUAUCAGGAUUGCCUAAUGGUUCCUUGAGGUCAAAAUGUUAGUUUGAGAAAGUGGACUUUGUUUCCCUAGUGUAGGAGUAGGGUGCCAAAGGUAGUGAACACCAGUUCUUGUUGAUUGGAUGUGUCCUGCAACACAUGUGUAAGUAGUAAUAUUUUGCUUCAGAAAUGCCGAAAAGGGAACAUGUCUGCAGACUUGCAAAUCUGUCUAAUAUCUUGUGGCAAGGGCUCUGGGAAUGAAUAAAGGAAUAAAUAUGUGCAUGGUCUGUCUUACACGUGCUUGUCAGGACCGGCUAAGGAGAAUGGAUGUGUGUGACUAAUGUAUGAGCCGCAGGCAUUAGUUUAAGACCGGCCAAGCGCGUACUGUAUUAAGUCCCAUUCAUAAAUACCUUUUUAAUCAGAGAGUCAAAGGAAAUCAAUUAAUAAUAGAUUUCCAAUGAUUUUGUUCUGAAAUUUUAAUGUCAGUUUCCCAAAUACCCCGUCUAUUCUAUCGUAUAGUCCUUUUGCAAGUUGUCGAAUAGAAUCUCCCUAUAAACAGACUUAGCGCGCGCAAGGGAAGUUGUGUGCACACAGACUCUUGACCAAUCAGAAUCAAUAAAAAUAGUGAUUUAUGCAGUAGGCAUUAUCACAUCUCUGCGGGCAUUAUCAAAUGUUAAUUAAUACACGUUGUUGAAUAUGGAGACUGUGGUAUUUAUGAAUUGGAGUUCUCGCCCUGAUAAUGUAAAGCACUGUCCGUUGAAAAAGUACAGUUGUGGUCGGUGCUUGGACAGUAAGCUAAUCUUAAGCUAAUCUAGUACAAAAUUAUCAGCAAUUCAACCAGAACGUCUGUUGCACUUUAAGACUUCAUUUACAGAUUUGUGCAAAAAUAAUAAACGAAUGUUUCGGCUGAUGAGGUACAGAAAAAAAAGAACAAUUGGAAGCUCGAUGAGAAUGGGCACAGUCUUUUACAGUUGUAAUCAAACACCUUCAGUCCAAGUGUGUAUGAACUUGCGACCAUAGCUGUUGGGCCAAAUUUGUCCAUCAAUUGCCAAUCAGGGCUUCAUAUCAUCGAACGAACCGUAUUUCAUCGAGUAUGAACCCAUUGAGCCCAAUCAGAAUGGGCGUGUGUUGAAGGAUUUUUUUCUCUUCGCUUUGCCCACCCAGAUAGAUUUGGAAGACCCCCAUGUUCUGGUUCUUGACAGAAGUAAGGAAGAACGGAUCAGGGCCAAAAUAAUGACACAUUGAGCAGUCUGUUUUGUGUGUGUGUUCAGUACCUUUGAAAUAUUAAAUCUUUCUUUAGAAAUGAGAAAACGAAAGAUGCACAUGAAUCUUUGAAUAAUUGAGACUUGGAGAAUGCAGUUCUUGUACCGUUGAAAGGCCUUUUUUUUCAUUUUCUUUUAAAGUAUUUGUAUGAAAUCAGGAUAAGGAUCUAAAAUUUAUUUAGCACUAUUUCCAUGCAUCAAGCACAUUUUAUCUGGAGUUUGCACCUGUCUAAUUCUGCAAGCAAAUGCUUUUGUAAAAUUAUAAUUUAUUUUUUUCCUGAACAUAAUUUCCUUUAUAUGAAAUGGACUACAAUCGCACAAUCAACAGUGUUUCUUGUUUGUUCUACGCUGUCACGUUUUCCGCGUUGCUUUCAUAUAAUCGUCAUAAUUCCACAUUAAACGAACAUUGUUUCUUUGGAUGCAUUGCCAUACAUAGAGAUAUUUCUCAGGAAAAAAAGAGUAAAUAUUUUGUGCUAUCAUUCAGAAGAAAUAGAACAGAACUCCAAUCAAAGGGUAAAUCAUUUCCUAGUUAAGUAAUUUGACAUAAAACUGGUUGUGUAUAAGUUGGAUAUACAAAGUUAAAUACGACUGACUCCGAAGAUUUGUGCGACCGAAUCAUCACAGAUUCUUCUGUGGUGAAUGUUUUUAGCGUUCCAAAGCUAGCAAGAAAAGGUCGUAGAGUUGGCAAACUCAUUAUAAUACAUGUUCACGUGACUGUUAUUCUGUAAGAGGAUCAAGCAAAUUGUCAACAGGGCAACUGAAUGAAUGAGUAAAAUAGAAUAGUCAUGUUAAAGCAAUGGAUUGAAACACAUACUCUGGAGACCCUGACAAUAAAGUGAUGAAUGUAUGUGUUCCUUCUUAUCUUUUGACUAGCUGUUGACGACCGUGUUCAACCUCUCAGGUGUCGAUCGACUGUCAAUGGUAUUUACCCAACCAAUCAUUAAAAUGCUUCAGUUGGAACGUUUCAGUGA